AUGUCUUUGACCGCCGAUCCACCAGCAUGCCAGGUUCCGGCCGCCGGAGGAGCCUCCACUCACAAGUUGGUCAAUGGUACCCCAGAGAAGCUCAUUUUCAAGACCGUGUCGCUUGGAGCCAUGGGAUCCGGUGCCAAAGAUUCUUUGGCGAUGGGUCGUGGGAUCGUCAAACCGUCCGGUUGUGGCUCUUUGGCUUUGUGGCCAGUGUCUCAGAGGACCCGAGAGCCUGGGGCUAAUGGACAGUGGCUUGGAGCCGAUUGGUCGGUGACUCGGAGUCAAUGCCUGGGGGCUUGGAGCCCAUGA